GCGGCCGCGGAAGGCAUGGGGCAGCAGUGGGUGCUCGUGGAGAUGGUCCAGGCCUUUUAUGAGGCUCCAACUUAUCACCUUAUUUUAGAAGGUAUUCUAAUCCUUUGGAUAAUCAGGCUGCUUUUCUCCAAAACAUACAAGCUUCAGGAGCGAUCUGAUCUUACACCUAAGGAAAAAGAAGAAUUGAUUGAAGAAUGGCAGCCAGAACCUCUUGUUCCUCCUGUAUCAAAAGACCAUCCAGCUCUCAACUAUAAUGUUGUUUCAGGGCCCCCAAGUCAUAACAUUAAUGUGAAUGGCAAAGAAUGCAUAAACUUUGCAUCGUUUAAUUUCCUUGGACUUCUGGAUGAUGAAAGGAUUAAGAAUGCAGCCCAAGUUUCUGUGACAAAAUAUGGUGUUGGAACUUGUGGGCCUAGAGGAUUUUAUGGAACUUUUGAUGUGCAUUUAGAAUUGGAGGACCGAAUCGCUAAAUUUAUGAAGACUGAAGAAGCUAUCAUAUAUUCGUAUGGAUUUGCUACCAUUGCCAGUGCUAUCCCUGCCUAUUCAAAACGAGGAGACAUUAUAUUUGUUGAUGAAGCAUCUUGCUUUGCUAUUCAGAAAGGAUUACAGGCAUCCAGAAGUGACAUUAAGUAUUUUAAGCAUAAUGAUAUGGCUGACCUUGAGCGUCUACUGAAAGAGCAAGAGAUUGAAGAUCAAAAGAAUCCUCGAAAAGCCCGCGUAACUCGAAGGUUUAUUGUGGUCGAGGGUUUGUAUAUUAAUACUGGAAAUGUUUGCCAUCUUCCAGAGUUGGUAAAAUUAAAAUACAAAUACAAAGUGAGGAUAUUUUUGGAAGAAAGUCUUUCCUUUGGAGUACUGGGAGAACAUGGACGAGGUGUCACAGAACAUUUUGGAAUAAACAUAGAUGAUAUUGAUCUUAUAAGUGCAAACAUGGAAUACUCACUGGCCUCAAUUGGAGGAUUUUGCUGUGGAAGAUCCUUUGUUAUUGACCACCAGAGAUUGUCAGGUCAAGGUUACUGCUUUUCAGCCUCUCUGCCUCCCCUCCUAGCUGUUGCUGCUAUUGAAGCCCUAAAUAUAAUGGAAGAAAAUCCAGGCAUCUUCCAUAUUUUACAACAAAAAUGCAAGAAAAUGCAUAAGGCUUUAGAAGGGAUCCCUGGUCUACGAGUGGUAGGUCAGUCGCUUUCUCCAGCAUUACACCUCCAGCUAGAAGAGAGCACUGGAGCUCGAGACAGUGACCUGAGGCUGCUGAAGGAAAUUGUGGAUUAUUGUAUGAACAGAGGUAUUGCAUUAACUCAGGCCCGCUAUCUGGAGAAAGAAGAGAAGUGUCUUCCACCACCUAGCAUCCGUGUCGUCAUUUCAGUAGAACAAACGGACCUGGAAUUGGACAAAGCUGCCUCACUUAUCAGGGAAGCUGCAGAGUUUGUACUGAAUUAAGGUCUGCGCUCUUGGAUAUUUGUUCUUCACACAUAGUUGGGAUACCUAUUUUCUACUCUUACAGAUCAGCUUUCACUCCAAAGGCUCAAGCUUAUUGAUUUAUCAGCUGAUGGAACUGAAAUCUUGACUUUGACUGAGUCAUUCCAGAACAAAUUAAAUGUGUUGAAUAUGGAAAUACUGAACACUCACUGUAUGUACAGAACUCAGUUCUAUUUUUAAUUACUGUUUAAAUUGGGGGUCAUUGUUACAGUGGUAUUUAACAUUGAUUUAAAUUUUGUUCUUAAAGGGCACAAUUCCUUUCCCUAGUUCUGUGAAUAUGUAAAAAGGAAAAACAAGCUAUUUUUGAGAGUUCAUGUGUAA